UUACCGUCAGCCGCGAAAUGCGAACGUCCUAUUUUGUGUCCAUAUCAUAAGGUAUUCUUUACUGCAUUAAAAAGACCAUUACACUCUUAGUAUUACGCUAUUUCCAUAACAUUUAAGGCAGUAUGAACACUGAGCAGUCUGCUGAAUCCAACUGCAGUCCAAAUAGGUGUUCAGUUUCAACACCGGAAGGGAAUGACUUGAAGAGCGGAGCACUGAAAAGAACUCCAUUCUCAAAGUUUAAGAGAGUAAACUCCAACUUCAAAUCACCUCUUCAAGUCCCUGAGAGUGCUAAACUUAGCCCUGCAGAGGAGGUGGCAGAGCUGGAGAGGAGGAGAGAGCAGCUGGACACAGAGAUAGCACAGCUGGAGGCUGAGGGAUGCAGAGUAGAAGAGCUGGAGCAUCAUAUUGAUAUGCUGCAUGAAUACAAUGACAUCAAAGACAUUGGACAGUCUCUCCUUGGCCGAAUAGCUGCUGUGAGGGGGACCACCACGCGAGAUCUCUACAGCCAAUUUGAUCUUGAACUGGACGACUGAAGACAAAAAGUUCAAAUGAAGGUGGUGAGAAUGAUUCCUAGGAAUAAGAGAGGAACUCAAGACAAAAAGGCCAAUUGUAAAUAAGAUGAUGGAUUGGACUAAAGAUGUGUCUGUGUUGAACUCAAGCGGCUCCUUCAGACAGACAUUUUUACAGAGAGAGAUCUCAGUAGGAACUUAAGGCUUUCAUUUGUUUUGACAUAUGUGUUUAUGUAAAUAUAGUUAAUAUUAAGGUAUGCAUGUUGGCUGCCUGAAUGUUAAUUACUUUUCUGACUUUGGUUUGUUUUUAAAGGAAGGAAAGGAAUGCUAGAGUACUUAGAGUGUAAAAAAUAAUUACUAACUCCUAGUAUAAAAUGCUUUGUACAAUGACAAUAACUUGUAAUAAAAAGGGCACACGGACCCCCACAGACAGCGUGUUCCCAUAUGCACUAUUAAAGUUCAGGAGGUACAGAUGCAUCAUUGUUAUAGCACCCUUUUUUUUGGAACAAACAGCUAUGAACUUUGUCAGAAGGCGUCACAAUACACUGACAAUAUUUGAUAUUUAUCCGUCCAACUAUUUAAGUAAACGCACUUAAUUUUAAUAGACUUUUAUAACAGGCCUGUCUGCUGAAUUAAACCCAAAAUAUGACACGCACAUUUGCUAACAUCUGACCCAGAUUCUUAAAAAAAUUCUAGUAAGGGGAAGAGGAUAUUAGGUCAUCUACAGUUUCCUGUCUGUCCCCACAUGUUUAACUAAAAAGAAAGGGUUGGGUGCCUGCUUCCUGUAUUCAUAAAAAAUCCCCAAAUAUCUUGACAGAAAUGUCCAGUAUAUGUACUGUACAAACAAAACGCUGACUAGCUGCAUAAUGUACUGGGCGUGCCCUUAUCUGUCUGGGAACCUCUGAUAGUGGGUCUUCUCGAACUGAUAGCGACAGAUGAGCUUCACAACCCUGAUAAUGUUGUGUUUGUGUGUUGUGUGUAAAAUUAUGAGAGUGAAUGAUGAAAAUGUGUAUGUAUCAUUCUUUUACCAUCUCAUAUGCUGGGGUCAGUCUUUGGCAUUGUUGCAAAUGCAGACAACAUAUUGCAGGAGUUUAGAAAUGUGUCCCUAUUAAUUUUGGCUCUUUACACCACCUGGGAAAUUACCUCUGUUAACCUGCAGCAGUGACCUACAGCACUCUCUUAUAGUAUUAGUCUCUUUGGAAAUCUUCCCUGAAAAAGCCAUGUGUUUCAUGACAUGGCUGUUGUGAUCACUGUGUGAUAUGUCAGCCUCCUUCUGUGAUUCAA